AAUUCAUUUACUUUUAUUCUAAAAUUCUGGCAACAAAAGAAGAACAGAAGCUGUAUCCUGUAAAGCAUAGACCUCUAUGAAGUCCCAGGACUCUUUAGUGGGGACUAUAAUAACUGUGUUGAGCUAUAAACCCCAUUCCUAGAUCCCCCUCCCAGGACCUCUUUCCCUUACAUCCCUGUUGGCACUUUUUCAAGCCAAUUGGGUCUUCUCUUUUCAUCUUUCUGUGCAUUCAUUUGUGGAUCACAAACUCACCCCACUUGUUACUUGUGAGCAAACCCUGAUGCUUCUCUUUCUCAUCUCUCUUUUCUCCUCCUUGCUCCUCAUCUCCCCUGCAUGCCUGCUGUGGCAGUUUCUGAAGAAUUGCAGGAGCUUCAGCACUGCCCAAUUCACUGGCCACUCACCCUCCAUGCCCACCAAGGCCAGCAAUGCUGCCAGAAAGGAGGAAACUGCAGUGGAAGCAGCAGCAGAGAACAGCAUAAUAUUGGACCUACCUGAAUUGGCUCUGGAACUCAUUCUGGAGAAGCUCUCCCCAGCAGCAUUACUUAGCAUGGCCAGUGUUUGCAGCUCCUUGAGGUGCAGGUGCAGGAGUGAUCAUCUGUGGGGGAGGCACAUGAACCAGAAAUGGCGCCGAGUGAUCGGCGAAGAAUCGGAGAGGUUCAUGUCCAAGGAAGAAAGCUUUAAGCACAAGGGUUGGAUGAAUUCUGUCCCCUCUUGUAUCUGCCCUCUUUCUUGGAUUAAAUCCAAGUAUUUUGGAGGCUGGAGAUCUGCGAGCCCCUCGCUGCGGUUCGAUUCGACAAUGUCUUGUUAUCUGGCACUUGAGAGUGGCAAGUUUUGGUUCCCUGCUCAGGUCUAUAAUCGCGAGAAGGGGCAUGCUGGGUAUAAGUUAUCAUGCUACGACGCGCAACUUAGAUAUGAUCGCCGCAGUGACACCUUCUUUGCGAGGUACCCCCCACACGGUAGAAAGCCGGCAAAAUUUGAAGAAGGAAUAGAGUGGGACAGGGUACGGGCUUCGCCCGUCAAUACCUGUCCACAUGAUCUUCAUGUAUCGAAUUGUCUUAGCGACUUGCGACCGGGCGAUCACUUUGAGAUUCAGUGGAGAAAGAACAAAGAAUUUCCAUAUGGGUGGUGGUAUGGAGUUGUUGGUCAUUUGGAGUCGUGCGAUGGGGAUGAGAGCCAUUGUCGAUGUCACGAGAACGAUACUGUUAUACUAGAGUUCAGGCAAUACAUGCCUGGUUCGAUAUGGAGACAAGCGAUUAUUAAUCGGAAGGAUCAUCGAGAAAAAGGGAAUGAAUUGGACGGUUUUUAUGGAGGGAUCAGGAAACUACACAGCAAGGAGGAAAUUUCCAUGUGGACAAGGCUAUGGCCGGAUGAAAUCUUAGAAUAGAUAAUCUUCUCUUUUAUUAUACUUUGCAUGGAGCAAAUUUUUUUUUUUUAAAAAAAAACCAACAUUAACCGAUGUUCCUUGAGUGUCAAGGCUCAUUUAAAGAAUGCAGAGCCAAUAUUUUAAUUAGAAUUUUGGAUGAUUUCUUUUUCUUUUUUUUUUUUAUCAGGAUAGAAUUCCUUGAUUUAGCAUGUGGAACCACUACUUCGGUUUCGUGGAGAUUUUAUGGAGAUUAGUCACUCAAUUAAAUUCCAGCUUCGCAGGUGGUGCAAUACACUGUAUAUCAGUUUCUGCUUCUAGUUUCGUGCUGCUCAGUGAAAUAUUUGUUUUGAAGUUUCAA